GUCGGAGCGCUCUAAGAUGGCGGUGAACGUGUUUCAGUUCCGCGACGCCCGUGCUGCGCCGGAUCCCGUGUUGGAGGCUGGGCCGGUGGCACAUGGGCCGCUAUCGGUGCCGCUGGUGCUAGACAACGGGUCGUUCCAGGCCCGUGCCGGCUGGGCGUGCCCUGGGCCGGACGCAGGCCCCGAGCCGCGCCUGCAGUUUCGCGCCGUGUGCGCCCGCGGACGGGGCGGGGCGCGGGGCGGGACGGGCCCGCAGGUGGGCAACGCGCUGGGCAGCCUGGAGCCGCUGCGCUGGAUGCUGCGUUCGCCUUUCGACCGUAACGUGCCGGUCAACCUGGAGCUGCAGGAGCUGCUGCUUGACUACAGCUUCCAGCACCUGGGUGUCUCCUCGCAGGGCUGUGUCGAUCAUCCCAUAGUUUUGACAGAAGCCGUGUGCAACCCACUGUAUUCACGCCAAAUGAUGUCUGAGCUCCUUUUUGAAUGCUACAGGAUUCCAAAGGUUGCCUAUGGAAUAGACAGCCUGUUCAGCUUCUACUACAACAGGCCAAAGAACUCAGUUUCCAGUGGGCUCAUCAUUUCAUCUGGAUACCAGUGUACACAUAUUUUACCCAUCUUAGAAGGAAGGCUAGAUGCUAAAAACUGUAAACGUAUCAAUCUCGGAGGAAGCCAAGCAGCUGGUUAUCUCCAGCGGCUCCUCCAGCUGAAGUACCCCGGGCACCUGGCAGCCAUCACUCUCAGCCGCAUGGAGGAGAUCUUGCAUGAGCACAGCUACAUUGCUGAGGACUACAUGGAAGAAUUGGAGAAGUGGCGGUGCCCUGAUUAUUAUGAGAACAACGUCCACAAAAUGCAGCUCCCAUUUUCUAGUAAGCUCCUGGGCAGCACCCUGACAGCUGAAGAGAAGCAGGAACGGCGACAGCAGCAGCUGCGGAGGCUUCAAGAGCUCAAUGCCCGACGGCGGGAGGAGAAGCUGCAGCUGGAUCAGGAGCGGCUGGACCGGCUGCUCUAUGUGCAGGAACUUCUAGAGGAUGGCCAGAUGGAUCAGUUUCACAAAGCUCUGAUAGAGCUGAACAUGGACUCCCCAGAAGAGCUGCAGUCCUACAUACAAAAGCUCAGCUCAGCAGUGGAGCAAGCAAAGCAGAAAAUCCUUCAGGCAGAGGUCAACCUCGAGGUGGAUGUAGUGGACAGCAAGCCAGAGACCCCUGAACUGGAGCCACUGGAGCCAACUCUGGAGGAUAUGGAUGGCGUGAAUGAUUUUGAGCCCUUGUUCUCAGAGGAGGCACCUGAAGUGGAAAAGCCCGUCGCCACUGUCCAGCCCGUGUUUAACUUGGCAGCGUAUCACCAGCUGUUUGUUGGGACAGAAAGAAUCCGAGCUCCAGAAAUUAUUUUCCAGCCAUCUCUCAUAGGAGAAGAGCAGGCAGGCAUAGCAGAAACUCUUCAGUACAUCCUGGACAGGUACCCCAAGGACGUUCAGGACACACUGGUCCAAAACGUCUUCCUCACUGGUGGCAACGUGAUGUAUCCAGGGAUGAAAGCCAGAAUCGAGAGGGAACUGCUGCAGAUGAGGCCCUUUCAGUCUUCUUUCCAGGUUCAGCUCGCCUCGAACCCCGUGCUGGAUGCCUGGUAUGGUGCUCGGGACUGGGCCUUGGACCACCUGGAAGACAAUGGAGCCUGGGUCACUAGGAAAGAAUAUGGAAAAGGUGGGGAGUACCUCAAGGAGCACUGUGCCUCCAACAUCUACGUCCCCAUCCGCCUGCCUAAGCAGGCUUCCCGUGCCUCAGAUGCCCAGGCAUCUAGCAGAGGCUCUGGGGGUUGUGGAAAUGGCACUGGUGAGCAGGCCUAGUGCAGGGGCCUCUAAAGGGAUAGCCAUGUCAGCCACCUGACAGAAGAACUGUGCUAGAUGUAUCCGCCCAAGUCAGUUACUGGUCAUUUUGGCUACAAACUGAAUAGAGAUGGAGGACGGUGGGAGCUCCCCUUCAGAGGAACUGGGCUGUCCUGCUUCAGUGAAGAACCUUGAGUGGCCUCUGGCAUCUGGGGAACUGGAUGGCUAUGGCUUUGGCUUCCUACACCAGUAACUAAAGACAGAUGGAGGCCAAAGGCGGACAGAAGGCACAAGAUACUUUUCACUGCAUUUGAAGCCUUUAAAAAGAGGGGAAGAAACACCCUAAAAUGUAUCAUCAUAGACAUUUUAUUCUUCUGCAUUUAUCUGAAGUUGUGUGAAUGCCCAGCAGGGGAGCGGUCUGACGUGUAUAUGAAAAGGUAAUGUUUGGCUCAGCAUGGUGGCACACACUUGUGAUCCCAACACUUGAGAAGUAGAGACAGGAGGAUGGUGAGUUCCAGGCCAACCUGGGCUACAUAGUGCAAUCCUGUCUCAAAGAAUAAAAGGUAACAUUUCUGCUAUAAAAGCUGUCACCUGUUGAAUCUUGGGAGCGGGAAAUAGGUCCCUCCUUCUGUUGUUUUCCCUUACAAGUAAGAGGAAAAAGCCCAGAGAACAUCACCAUCUUGUGCAAACUCACUGUGUUAGCUAGGGACGUACUUAGCUACUUAGUGGCCUCUUCUGCAUGGGCAGAAAUAGAGCCCAUGGCACAACUUUAUUUGUUGGAAAACUUUUCUGC